AUGAGACCUCCUAGGGGACGCGGUGGAUUCAGGGGCGGGAGAGACGGUGGUGGCCGUGGCGGUAGAGGCGGAGGACGCUUCCCUGCUCGCGAUGAAGGUCCGCCUGAUGAAGUCAUAGAGGUUUCAUCAUUUGUUCAUGCUUGUGAGGGAGAUGCUGUGAUGAAGCUCACAAAUGAAAAAAUACCAUACUUUAACGCACCAAUUUACCUUCAGAACAAGACACAGAUCGGUAAAGUUGAUGAAAUAUUUGGCCCCAUUAAUGAAUCUUAUUUUUCGAUUAAAAUGAUGGAGGGAAUUGUGGCCACCUCGUACCCGGCGGGCGAGAAGUUCUACAUUGACCCGGCUAAGCUUUUGCCGCUUUCAAGAUUUCUUCCGCAGCCAAAAGGACAAGCGCAAACUGGUGGUAGAUGGGGAGGACGUGGAGGAGGAAGAGGUGGUGGGAGAGGUGGACGUGGAGGUGGCGGUGGCUUUCGCGGAAGGGGUGCUCCGAGGGGAAGAGGUGGUCCUCGAGGCGGUGGUCGUGGUGGAGGUUUCAGGGGCAGAGGGAGAUCAUAA